UAAAGAAAAAAGUCGCAAAAAUUACUUGCGAGCCCGAGCGAGUCAAUCAACUCGUGCGACCGAGCGGAUUCAGAGUACGCUAUCAAUCCGAAACCACCGAACUCCGUCGAUUCGAUCAUUCGAGCUUUCAGUUGAAGAUUUCUGUUCUGGCAUUGGGGACGAAUCGGAGGUGUGUUGCGAACCCUAGAAGAAGCAGAGCACAUCGGAGAGGUCUGAUAACUGCUUCCACCACUUCCAUGGUCUUUCAGCUUACUCUCGAGCUGCUCCUGCUACUACCUGUUAAAGCUUUGCAUUUUUGCUGAAAUUACUGUGGCAAACGAUGUGGAAAGUGAGCUCUAUGGGUCAAGGGUUGAAUUUCCUGCUGUUAUGCUGGUGAUGCUGUCGUAAUCAGGCUAGGAGUUUUAGCUGAAGAUACCGGGGAGUUAAAAUGAGUGGUGGCAGGGAGAGGGCCCUCGGAGUUGGGGGUCAGCACGUUUUGGAUUAUCUUAAACGGAUGCAAGCGGAGAACCCAGCAUUCUUUUAUGCGGUGGAGAGCGAUGAUGACCACUCCAGUGGAAACAUAUUCUGGUCCGAUGCGAUGGCUAGGAUGAACUAUACGCACUUCGGCGACACCGUGACAUUCGACACUACGUACCGGACGAGCCGGCACAAGUUGCCUUUUGCAUCAUUUACGGGAUUGAAUCAUCAUGGGCAACCGGUUUUGUUCGGCUGCGCACUGAUUCUGAAUGAUUCGGAGUCCUCUUUCAUUUGGGUGCUCCAAACUUGGCUUCAUUCUAUGGGCGGACGGUAUCCUGUCUCUAUCACGACCGAUCCUGACGGACUUAUCCAGGUCGCUGUUUCGCAAGUUCUUCCUGGUACUCGCCACCGUUUUUGUAAGCGGGGCAUAUUUAGGGAAACUCAAGACAAGCUGGCAGACCUUUACCAAUCACAUCCCACUUUUGAAUUUGAAUUUAAAAGAUGCAUAAACGAGGCUGAGACAAUUGAUGAGUUUGAAGCAGCCUGGGAGUCACUGCUGCAAAGAUAUUACAUUACAGAUAAAGAAUGGCUUCAGUCAAUUUAUAGUGCUCGGGAGCAAUGGGUCCCACUUUACAUGAGAGAUACCUUUUUUGGAGAUUUAGGCUUGGCAGAGAGAAGUGAAGGUUUGAACACUUUUUUUGAUGGUUAUGUCAAUGCAUCAACGACCAUACAGAUGCUAAUUAAGCAGUAUGAAAAAGCUGUAGCAAAUUGGCAUGAAAAGGAACUAAAAGCUGAUUAUGACACAACCAAUACUCCACCUGUUCUGAAGACACCGUCUCCUAUGGAGAAACAAGCUGCCGGGUUAUUUACGAGAAGAAUCUUUAUGAAAUUUCAGGAGGAACUAGUCGAGACUCUUGCAAAUCCUGCAACCAAAAUUGAGGAUUCAGGAGCAGUCAGCACUUACCGGGUGGCAAAAUAUGGGGAAGAGUGCAAAGCACACACUGUUAGUUUCAAUUCUUUCGAGAUGAAAGCCACUUGCAGCUGCCAAAUGUUUGAAUAUACUGGAAUCAUUUGUCGACAUAUCCUGGCAGUUUUUAGAGCAAAAAAUGUUUUGACACUGCCCUCUCAAUAUAUACUGAAAAGAUGGACUAGAAAUGCCAAGAGUGGCUCCAUUACCAAUGAGAAUGCUCCCGAAGUACCAAAUGAUCCUCGAGAAUCUCUAACAGUGCGGUAUAAUAAUUUACGCCAGGAAGCAAUUAAAUACGUGGAGGAAGGAGCAAAGUCCAUCUACAUUUAUAAUGUGGCACUGGGUGCUCUACAAGAUGCUGCUAAGAAGGUAGCUGCUGUGAAAAAUAAAGGUCCUGGAGCUGCGCCGGAUGGAAAUCUGGCAAAUGGCAAUAGUAAAGAGUUUCAUGCCUCUGGAGAAAAUCACAUGUUGACAUUUCACUCCGUGGAUGAGAAGAAAAAGAAAAUUCGUGAGUUGACUGCUGCAUUGGAAAGUACGAAUCAAAGAUGCGAAGUUUAUCGGACAAAUCUUCUGGCUAUUUUGAAAGAUAUGGAAGAUCAGAAGUUAAAGCUCUCAGUGAAGGUCCAAAAUGCUAGGCUAAGUCUCAAAGAGUGAGUCUGUUGGGAGAAUCGUUCUUGUAGCUGUAUGUUUCUUAGCUUUUCAUCAUGGCACUUAUCUAACUCACUAGUGAGUGUUCUUUAAGAGAGAGAGAGGUCGGUGGUUCACGAAAGUUCCGAUUCCGUGGCUUCCCCAUGUGCUUGACAAAAGUUGAAGUGCCGACAGUUAAAGUUACAUCCGGGAAAUACUAUAUGCCUUAACCAUAGUCAAUUAAUGUAAAAA